CGCAUGGUCAGGCAAGGAGCAGCGGUAAGUAAGGUGAAUGCGCCGGGUCAGAUUUGCACAUCCUGAUGCGAGAGCAGGCCGUCGUCAGAAAAAUUUAGGCGUGUAAUUAACACUGUGAGCCUGCGGUUCCAAGAAGAUGGAUGCUCGUAAACUUACGGAAGUGCUUCGAGCAACGAUCGACCAUGCUCAACAAAAGCAAGCCGAAGCGCAGCUCACGCAGAUUCACAAAAUUAUUGGUUUUGCCCCAACACUUCUUCAAGUAGUAAUGUCAAACGAAGUAGAUAUGCCUGUAAGACAAGCUGGUGUAAUUUAUCUAAAAAAUUUAAUUACUUCAAAUUGGGCAGAUAAAGAUGACACAGGACCUAUAGAAUUUAGUAUUCACGAACAAGAUCGUGCAAUGAUACGAGAUGCCAUAGUAGACGCGGUAGUACAUGCUCCUGAAUUAAUUAGAUCACAAUUAGCAGUGUGCAUCAGUAACAUAGUUAAACACGACUUUCCGGGAAGAUGGACACAGAUAGUAGACAAAAUUACGAUAUACCUUCAAAAUCCGGAUUCCUCAUGCUGGCCUGGUAUUCUCCUUGCUCUUCAUCAACUUGUGAAAAAUUUCGAAUAUAAAAAGGUAGAAGAGAGAGGACCAUUACAUGAAGCAAUGAACUUGUUACUUCCUAUGAUGUACCAACUGAUGUUGCGCUUAUUGCCAGACCCAUCUGAACAAUCUGUCCUUCUUCAAAAACAGAUACUGAAAAUUUUCUUUGCACUUACACAGUACGUGCUUCCACUUGACCUCAUCACGAGAGAGAUGUUUUCUCAGUGGAUGAAUGUGGCAAGGCAAAUAGUUGACAGGCCUGUACCAAUAGAAGCCCAUAAUCCAGAGCUGGAUGACGAAGAGCGUGCGCAAUUAUGUUGGUGGAAAUGUAAAAAGUGGGCCUUGCAUAUCUUACAAAGAGUGUUUGAGAGAUACGGCAGUCCAGGAAACGUGGCCAAAGAAUACAAAGAAUUCGCAGAAUGGUAUUUGCAGACAUUUAGCGCCGGUAUUCUCGAAGUCCUUUUGAAAAUCCUAGAUCAGUAUCGCAAGAAAGUUUGGGUGUCACCCAGGGUAAUGCAGCAAUCGAUCAACUACCUUCAUUUAGCUGUGAGUCAUGCGUACUCUUGGAAGUACUUGAAACCACACAUGUUCGAAAUCAUAAGAGACGUGGUGUUUCCCAUACUCUCUUAUUCCGCCGCCGACGAAAAACUCUGGAAUACCGAUCCGUAUGAAUAUAUCAGAGUGAAAUUUGAUAUUUUCGAGGAUUUUGUCUCGCCGGUAACUGCGGCGCAGACCUUGUUGCACUCUGCCUGCAGAUUAAGAAAAAAUAUGCUCGAAAAAACUCUUCAGUUGUGUCUGGAAGUGUUGACUAGCCCUAAUGCAGAUCCGAGACAAAAGGACGGUGCAUUGCAUAUGAUUGGAACUUUGGCUGAGGUUAUGUUAAAGAAGAAAGUCUACAGAGAACAAAUGGACAAAAUGUUACUACAAUACAUAUUUCCCGAAUUCAGUAGUCCUCAUGGUCAUAUGCGAGCAAGGGCUUGUUGGGCGAUGCAUUAUUUUGCAGAGAUUAAAUUCAAAUCAGAACAGAUUCUAAUGGACGCGGUGCGAUUAAUCACGCAUGCUCUUCUGAAUGACAAAGAGUUGCCUGUUAAAGUCGAAGCAGCGAUCGCGCUUCAAAUGAUGCUUUCAGCACAACAUAAAGUUCCGCAAUACGUCGAACCAAUGAUUAAACAGAUAACACUUGAGUUAUUGUCGAUCAUAAGACAAACGGAAAACGAUGAUCUGACAACUGUUAUGCAGAAGCUUGUUUGCACAUUUAGCCAACAGCUUAUGCCGAUCGCAGUGGAUAUCUGUCAGCAUUUGGCUGCUACGUUUAGCCAAGUGAUCGAGACGGAUGAAGGUAGCGACGAGAAAGCGAUAACAGCGAUGGGUCUAUUGACGACAAUAGAGACGGUGUUGUCUGUCACGGAUGAACAGCCACAAAUACGAGCGCAACUUGAACCAAUUAUUAUUCGAGUGGUAGCUCAUAUUUUUGGGCAAAAUGUAAUGGAAUUUUACGAAGAAGCGCUAUCCCUAGUUUGCGACUUAACAACUAAAAGUAUAUCCGAGGAUAUGUGGAAAAUCCUGGAGCUUAUGUAUCAACUUUUCCAAAAAGAUGGUAUCGAUUAUUUUACCGAUAUGAUGCCCGCAUUACACAAUUACAUCACCGUUGACACUCAAGCAUUCUUAUCGAAUGAGAAUCACAUUCUAGCCAUGUUCAACAUGUGUAAAGUUAUCUUGACUAACGAUGGUGGCGAAGAUCCUGAAUGCCAUGCUGCUAAGUUGUUAGAAGUUAUGAUCUUGGAAUGCAAAGGACACAUAGAUCAAUGUAUACCCUGGCUUGUGCAGUUAGUCUUAGAACGUCUAAUGCGCGAGGUAAAAACAUCGGAAUUGCGUACGAUGUGUCUGCAAGUGGUUAUUGCUGCUUUAUAUUACAACCCCGCACUAUGCCUCGAAACUAUGGACCGACUGCAAGGCAACUUUGAUCAAUCAGCUCCGCAUCAAGAACCGCUCGCAUCGCGUUUCAUCAAGCAAUGGAUUAACGACACAGACUGUUUCUUAGGUUUGCACGAUCGUAAAAUGUGCGUUCUCGGAUUGUGCACGUUGAUCAGUAUGGGUCCGGCGAGGCCUAAGGCUGUUAACGAAUGUGCGACGCAAAUUAUUCCAUCUUUGAUACUUUUGUUCGACGGGUUGAGGAGAGCGUAUGCCGCCAAGUGUGCGGAAUCGGACGACGACGAAAACGACGAGGACGAUAGUGACGUUGAUGUUGACGCGUUAUCAUCCGACGAGGACGAUAUAGAUGAUGCCAAUCAGGAGUAUCUUGAUAAGUUGCAAGACAAGAUAAACAAGACAUCUGCUCAGCACGGUUUUAACGUUACCACAAGCAUACAGGAUUCUCACGGCGAUCAAAGAUCGUCCGACGAGGAAGACGACUCGGAUUAUGAUGGUAACGAGGCAACAGCUCUCGAAACUUUUGUCACGUCUUUAGACACGGACGAUUCCAAUCAAGAUGAAUAUGUUAUUUUUAAAGAAGUUAUACAAAAUAUUCAAAGAACUGACGUGGCUUGGUACGAAGCGUUAACGAGUCUUCUUAGUCCCGAACAAGAAAAAGCUCUGCAAGACAUUAUAGUACUGGCGGAUCAGCGUAAAGCAGCUCUAGAAAGCAAAAGGAUUGAACGAAGCGGAGGAUAUGCCUUCACCUCACAGACUGUGCCCACUUCGUUUAAUUUCGGUGGACAACCUUUAAGUCGAUAAAGACUUAUCAAAAUUGAUUUCAGUUUUAGAUAUAUUAAGUAAGUAAUAUAACAAAUUAUAUGAAAUCUAGACAUUUGUAGCAUGCAAUCAUUACACACGACCAUUGGAGAUAAUACGCAUUUUCUAUUUACUAUUUUGUGUAAACUAAUUGUACAUUACUAAGAUAAUUGAAGAGAGUCUUACUUUUUAAUAUAGUACACUAACACUUGCUAUCUCCAAAAGAUCUUAAGCGUGCUAUUGAUUUAUCAGAUAAAAGAGCAAAAAGAGCCGAGAUACGUCUGCUUUGUAGUUUUUUUUUUUUAUUUUAAUUUACUUUGAAAUUUUUUUAAAUGUAUAUGUAAACAAAUCAUUCAAUAUAUGUACGUGUAAACGUAAGUCAGUUUGUUUAACUCGAGCAGAGUUAUAAAAUGAUUUAGUUGUUUACUAGCACACAAAGCUACAGCUAACUUUUUCUGGACGAUUCAAAAAGUUUUUGAACAUUUUUCAAAUUGCGUAUUGUAGCUUGUCGAAAGAAAAUUAACAAUGAAGUAAAUUUAUCGCGGCUUUACACUGAAAAUACCCGCAUGUCAUACAUUAUUAGUCUCGAAUUAUAUUUAAUGUAAUUUUAAAUUUGUGUUUCAAAUAGUUUUAUUAAAACAUUUAUUUUAAGACAAAUAUCUGUUGAAAAUAUCUGUUAAAAAUUGUUGGUUUAAAAUAUAAACAAAAGAAAAAUUUUGAUUGUGCAUAGAUAUGAUGGUUGAUGAUUUUUUAAUAUUAUUAUUAACGAUUACUUUUUUGCUAAAUGUUGCGCUAAUAUUUUAAAUGUUGUACACUUACUCUUUUUCUGCGAAUUUCAGCAAAAGAGUGUAAAUUUUGCCAAGACUAGAUGUUAACUCGCAGAAAUUGUAUCUACCUAUUAGCAGAUAUUUAGAUAAGAAUAAUCUAUAUAUAUUUCUAAUAAACUUUUUUUUUUUUUUUCAAGUCCACUUAAAUGUAUAUUGUGUUAUAUAUAUACACAUAUAUAUACAACAUGGUAUAUACAUAUGGUCAGACAUUUUUUCUGCAGAUAUCGAUCACUUUACGUAAAUCCCAGCACAGCUUACUUUAUUUAAAAAAAAAAAAAAAAAUAAUAAAAAACAAAAAAAAAGGAAGUAAGUUUUGUCAUAUUUUAUACACUUGUCUUGACAAGAAAGAAUAAUAAAGAAAAUACCCUGAAAGAUGGAGUUGCAUCUCAAUGGCUUUAGCUGAUACUUAUAAAUAGCAUCUCGCGCACUACGAAGUCUUUGUUAUUAGAAGAAUUUCAGCGCUAUAUUAAGCCGCAAACUAAAGACACAACAAAUUUAUAGGCGUGGCUCUUUCUUUCACGUGGUAUUGUUGUUGUAAAUUACGUAGAAACAAGAGAAACAAGGAAGCAGAAAUAUACUUAUAAAAAUAUCAGAGCCCAAAAUGAUAAAGGCGUACAAAGAAGAGGUGUUCUGUGCUGUGGUUAGUGAAAUGAUUACUGCACAAGUGCUUUUUAAAUCGGAUUUUGCAAAAGAGAUGCGAUAAUAACGCGUCUUUUGCCUCAGAAUACGAAUCUUUGGUUCGAAUGGAAAUCCGCAAUUUUAUACGAAAGAAAUAUCAAUUGAGCAAAAAACACGAAGUGUUGAACACUUUGUUGCUGAACAUGUGUACUUUUUUUUUUUUUUUCAUCUCUUCUCAGAUUUUUCGCUUUGUUCGUCGAAUAUAAUUCUUGAUCUUUCAGCUGUUCCUUUUUACGCACAUAAAACUGCAAGAAACACGCGUAUAACAUUUUACGCAGUUUACAUUAAACAUACAUUAAUUUAAAUUUGGUUCAUCUGUGACAAAGUUUUAUCUUACACACAGGGUGCGUGCAAAAAUACAACGAAUGGAAUAAAUUUAGAAAGAAAAUAGACUACGUUAAUGAAUUUAACUUUUGUUAAUAUUAUCGCAGAACUGUGUCGAAUUGUUAGUGGUUGAAAGUUUCAAUAAAAAUUUCAGCUGUUUUUUAUAAGGAAUAUUGAUAUUAUAGUAAUCCAAUUAUUGUAUUCUUCUUGAAGAUAAAGAAACUGGAUAUAUAUCGGUUUCUCAACAUACUGUAGGUAAAAUCUCGCUCUUGAUACUGUACAUAUUAUAUAUUUUCUUAAUUUUUAUAACGUGUAUUAUUAGUGUCUUACAAUUCUCAGUGAAGUAAAAUAAAUAUUAUCGACAUAUACAAAAGGCAAGACUGUAUAAACAUAUGUUUAUGAUUGCUCAAAUAUUAGAAAAUAUUUGCUACAUGUGUGACGACAUGAUGUGAAGUAUCUUUCUUGAAUUUCGAAAAUCCGGGAUUUACUUUGCGCGUUUUGUAUAUCGUUGACAAUGCUUGAAAUUUCUUAUUAUGUAGAAGAAACUUUGUGUAGCGUAUACACAUAUACAAAAGUAUGUUAAAACAAAACAAAAGAACAUUCUAAUUAACAACGCUCAAAUAAAGCAUACACACACACACUUCGUAAUUAUUCGACAGUUUGCAGUACCCUGCUUUUUCAUUGGCUUUUGACCUGAAUUUAAACGGACAACCGUAUCGAUUUCUUGCAGUAUUUAUAAGUAAUAUCUACAGCAUAAGCAAUUUCUAUAUUGUGCUAUUUUAUAGAUUUAUUGUAAUAAUGUGUUGAAUAUAUAGAUGAUAUGCCGUUGCUCACACACAUACAUACACAUACACACACACACACACGCGCACACAUGUACACGCACGCACGCACACCGUAUUAUUGCGUGACCCCGAGCUGAUCGCGAUCGAUUUACGAUUUUGGUACCGUUUCAAAGUCUUUGUGCAUGUAAACGAGAAAAAAAAAAGAAAACAGUUAAUUGAUUGCGUCAAUUUUUAAACAAGAGUAUUUAAAAAAGUGCCUUGAGACAUUUUUGAAAGCAGACGGGACCUAAAUUACAGAAUACAGCGGAGUAAGCUGUAGGUCGGAGUGAGGCCAGGACACUUCUCUAGUUCAUAAGUUCUAUAUAAGUACUGUAACUAAAUAAUAAAUUAAUAAUAACUCUGAUAUAAUAAUAGAAGAGAAAACUGUUCCUUCGCUAUUUAUAAGAUUAUACGAAUCGUAAUUUCUUUGUAACAAUUUUCUCUCUUCACACGUACACACGUGCGCGCGCGCGCGCACACACACACUAAACACACAUACACAGAUACACACACAUGUUCUCUCGGUAGUUUUUAUAUAAUGAUAAAUGAAUUGCGUAUAAAUAAUCGUAGUGAAGAGAUAACGAGAUUUACAACAAAAAUCACAUACAAGCGCUUAAAAAUCUUGAUAUUGUAUAAACCGAUAAGAGGUAAGACAUAAUAAUUCUAAUAUUAGUGCUUUAAAUACGGACGAAGUUUAUAGAAACUUCCUUAUUAAACUGAAAAUGUAGUAUA